AUGGCGGCGCUGCCAGGCUCUUCUUCCGCCAUCUCCCUUCACAGGGAGAAGAUCUCCGUCGCCUCCCCCCGUCGGCGAUGUAGAGAAAGAGGCCACCUCCGUGCUUCUGCUGUGGUGAGCUGUUAUUAUCUUCGUCGCCGGCGCAGGGAAUCGCCGGCCACUGCAGCGAAGAGCGGGCUCCGGCGGCGGCCGGUGGCAGCGGCGGAGGACGGGAUGGUGCUGAUUCAGGCGGAGGAGGAAGCCUCGCAGCACGAGAAGGCUGCGGCGGAGUACGAUUGGAGGGAGGAGUGGUAUCCUCUGUACCUAACCGCCGAGGUCCCCAUCGAUUCCCCUCUCGGCCUCACCGUCUUUCAUAAGCAGCUCGUCCUGUACAGGGAUGGAGGCGGUGUCUUCCGCUGCUACGAGGAUCGCUGCCCUCACAGGUUCCACUCCUCUCUCUCUCUCUCUCUCUCUCUCUCUCUCUCUCUCUCUCUCUCUCUCUCUCUCUCUCUCCCCCUGUCUCCCUCCUGUUCCGUUGUGAUUGGGGGGCCGUUCGGAAUGUGUUGCAGAUUAGCGAAACUCUCCGAAGGCCAGCUGAUCGAAGGGAGGCUUGAAUGCCUGUACCACGGGUGGCAAUUCGAAGGCGACGGCCAAUGCGUGAAGAUCCCACAGGUUACAGAGAGAGAGAGAGAGAGAGUAGACUUCCUUUCUAGUUGAGUGCCCUCAACGUCGACUUAACCAUAGAAAUUCUUCUGGUUUUCAUGAGCCGGCAGCUUCCUGCAGGAGCCAAGAUACCCCAUUCCGCCUGCACGAGAAGCUACGAGGUCAGAGACUCGCAGGGAGUCAUCUGGGUUUGGAUGUCGGAGACGAACCCGCCGGACGCCGGAAAGCUGCCCUGGUUCGAGCACUACGCUCGGCCGGGCUUCCAAGACGUGUCGGCCAUCCACGAGCUUCCUUACGACCACUCAAUCCUGCUGGAGAACUUCAUGGAUCCCGCUCACGUCCCCAUCUCCCACGACCGCUCGGACUUCUACUCGAAGAGGGAGGACGCACAGCCGCUGAUCUUCGAGGUGACCGAACGGAGCGCCAGGGGAUUCGCCGGAAAUUGGCGGAAAUCGAAGCCAACGGCGGCGACCAACUACCUCCGGUUCGACGCCCCCUGUGUCCUCCAGAACAACCACCAGUACGCCGGCAAGGACGGCAGGGAGCACCACGUCUCCGCUCUGUUCCUUUGCCGGCCCACCGGGCAGGGGAAAUCCAUGGUGAUCAUGCGAUUCGGAACCACCCUCAGCUCCCCCGUGAUGAAGCUUCUUCCCCGGUGGUUCUUCCAUCAGAACAUGAGCAAGGUCCUGGAGCAGGACAUGGGAUUCCUCUCCUCCCAGAACGAGGUUCUGGUGAGGGAGGCGGUGCCCACCGGGAAGCUCUACCUCAAUCUGAGCUCCUGCGACACCUGGGUCGCCGAGUACAGGAGGUGGAUGGACAGGGCGGGUCACGGGAUGCCUUACUAUUUUGGGAGCAGAACCAUCUCCUUGCCCGCAGAGCCCGCCGUCGUGGAGCAGUCGCCGGCCGGCGUGGCGGCCGGAAUCUCCGCGUCGCCGCCGGCGAAGGGAGGCGUGGGAUCCCUCCACGCGGCAAACCCGAUCAACCGCUACUUCCGGCAUGUCGUCCAUUGCAGAGCCUGCAGAGGAGCCCUCGAGAGUUUCCGAGCUUGGGGGAAGGCCCUGUAUGUUCUUGCGCUUCUGUCGCUCUCAAUGGCCGUCAUGGCGGAAAGACGGCAGUGGAAAGUCGCCCUGGUAGCGUCCGCCUCCUUGUUCUCGACGGCGGGUUACCUCUGCUCCGCCGCACUUUCUCUCAUCACGACGAACUUCGUCCGAGAGCACCGGAGACUGUGA